AAAAAUCAUAAAUUCUUUUGGCCAGUUUCAAGACUUUAGUAUUUUGCAGUUGGUCAUACCUCUUACUUGUCGAAAUCUAACAAAGGAAAAAUGAAGCUCUCAAUUGCAUUACUCACUAUAAUCUUCACCAACGCAAUUAUCACUGCAAAUGCCUCAAAUAUACUCGGUCUAUUUUUAACAUACAGUCCAUCGCAUUUGAUCAUUCACAUGAGCAUAAUUCGAGCUUUAGUUGAAAAAGGUCACAAUGUAACCGUGAUAACAUCAAUGCCUCUAAAAGAUAAGAAUCCACAAUAUAGGCAUAUCUUUCUAAAGAAUCUCGAUGUCUCAGCCAAAGAAAUUACACGAUUGGUAAACGAUAUGAAAGACGCUCCAGCCCAUCUCAAGAUUAUCAAAACAUUUUCAGCCACCAAAACAUUGUUUGAUCGAUAUUCACAAUUCACAAAAGAUCCUGAUUUUAUAAGUUUUAUGAAGGAAGAUAAUCAAUUUGAUUUAAUGCUACAUGGAUAUGGAUUUAAUGAAUAUCAAUUGGGUGUGGCUGCACAUUUUAAAUGCCCUGUGGUGAUGUCUUGGGUGUUACAGCCUUUUGGAUAUCUUAAUCGGCUUAUUGGCAAUCCGACACAUCCAGAAUUUGUUCCUUUUGCUUUAAUGGAUCCAAAACCAAUGGAUUUUUCGCGAAGAGUUAUAGGUUUUUUGGCCAAUAUUGUCGAAAGAAUAUUUUCGGGAGUGUUUGGUAUUUUGAUUGAGCAAGUUUACAAUGAAAAUUAUCCAUCUGACAAGUAUCCGACGCUGACAGAAAUGCAAAACAACAUUUCGCUGGUUCUUUUCAAUCAUCACUUCAGCGAAGGACCCGUAAGACCUCUUGUUCCAGGAAUGGUAGAAAUUGGUGGAAUUCAAAUUAAAGAAAAACCAGAUCCAUUGCCAGAUGAUGUUGCUAAAUUCCUUGAAAAUUCAUCCAAAGGUGCAAUAUUUUUCAGUCUUGGAUCAAAUGUUAAGGCUGAUCAUUUAGAUCCAAACUUUAUACCAACAGUUUACAAGACAUUGUCAAAUCUCCCCUACAAUGUGAUAUGGAAAUUUGAUAGUGAUCAAUUUCCAGGAAAUUCAUCAAAUAUCCUGUUUAAAAAAUGGCUUCCACAAGACGAUAUUUUAGCUCAUGGAAAUUUAAAACUCUUCAUUACCCAUGCUGGCAAAGGGAGUGUUACAGAAUCGGAAUAUCAUCAAGUUCCAAUGGUGGCAUUGCCAGUUUAUGGUGAUCAACCAACAAAUGCUGAUAAAAUUCAAGCUAAAGGACAUGGAUUAGCACUUGAUAUUCAUUCAAUGACAGAGAAUUCAUUCAAAGAAGCUGUUUUGGAAGUUAUGGAAAAUGACAAGUAUAGAAAUAUAGUUCGACAAUUUUCAGAACUUUAUCGAGAUCGUCCUUUAACAGCACGGCAGAAUACUGUUUAUUGGAUUGAAUAUGUAAUACGGCACAAAGGAGCACCUCAUAUGCAGAGUCCUUUGAAGAGAAUGAAUAUUUUGCAAGAGAAUAGCAUCGAUGUUAUUGUGUUUUUAAGUGUUGUUGCUUAUUUAGUUUUUAAGUUGAUUAAGGUUUUGAUACUAGUUUUAAUUUUGAUAAACGGUUGCCCUGGAUACGGACCAAUUCCAGGCGCUGCGUAUGGUUGUGGAUUGACAAUUUUGGCAAUAUCCGAAUAA